AUGCUAUCCUGGGAGAUGGCGUUGGACAAUUAUCCUCCGAAGCUUAAUUUACUUGAAAAGCUCGACCUCAUCCCAGCGUACUUAUCGUUGAUCGCCGCGGCCAUUUACGCUGCAACCACGGGCGCUUUUCGCGGAGAAUGGGGUGCCAAAUCCUAUAGCAAGCAUAUUAAAUAUGCGGUUAUCAGACAAAUGUUCUCACGUUUCUCGAUGAGGCAAAGCCAGUCUUUGAACCCUCCGAAUAGUUGCACUUACGAAGCUUUCGCGAAACGAAACGGAUUUGCUCCUCUCACAGUUAAAUUAGCGCACGGUGCUUCAGGGCACUGGUUUGGAAACGAGAAUGCGGAAAACGUCCUCCUGUACUUCCAUGGUGGUGGUUUUGCAAUGCCUGCAAACCCGGCACAUCUUUAUUUCGUCACUGACAUAAUGGAUAAUCUCAACGAUGCAGGCAAGGACAUAGCAAUAUUCUUUCUCACUUACACCUUCACUCCGCAGGCGGUAUACCCGACUCAGCUAAAACAAGCUGUGGAAGGACUUCGCUAUUUGAUCCAGGAAACCGGUCGCAGCCCUUCAAAUGUCAUAAUAGGCGGUGAUUCUGCCGGCGGUAAUCUCACAUUGGCGGUGCUAUCUCAUAUCUCACAUACCCACAAAGCAAUUGAACCCCUGGACAUAUCUGGUCCCUUAGCUGGUGUGUUUCUAAUCAGCCCGUGGGUCUCCUUUUCACAGAGUUUUCCGUCUGUUAUGACGAAUAUGUAUAAGGAUAUAAUCACAUCUGCUUCCGCUGUGUCGUGCAGCAGGGCGUAUCUGGCAGACCAGGGAGAGGACAACUACAACCAGCCUCAUCUAGCGCCAGCGGAGUGGUGGAACGGGAUUAAGGCUAGUAGCGUGCUUAUUCUGGCAGGGUCAGAUGAGAUUCUGAUAACUUGCAUUGAUGAGUUCGUGGAGAAGUUCAAGAUGGCUGUUCCAAACACGUCAUACUUUGUUGGUCACGAUGAACCUCACACAGCACCUAUCGUUUAUCGCUUGCUCAACGACGCGCAAGAGUCGCGACAGGGGAAAGAGCUCCGCUCAUGGCUGGCGUCUCUUCUUUGA